AUGCGGCAACCUCCGGGGUAUGAGGACCCGGAUAAUCCGGAUCAUGUCUGCCACUUGCAGCGAUCUCUCUAUGGCCUAAAGCAGGCUCCGCGAGCGUGGUUUAACCGUUUGCAUGAGUUUUUGUUACAGACAGGUUUUGUGGCGUCCAAAACGGAUGUCUCUCUUUUCCACUAUACGGCAGGCACAUCCCGUGUGUUCUUGCUAGUUUAUGUGGAUGACAUCAUCAUGAUGGGCGAUGAUUCUGCCCUAGUUGACUCUCUACUACAGCGGCUUGCCACCACCUUCAAGAUCCGGGAUUUAGGGGUUCCUACCUUUUUCCUUGGUAUUGAAACUCUGUCUACACCGGAAGGGAUUCUUUUGUCUCAGCGUCGCUACAUACGGGAUAUUCUCAAUCGUGCCGGAAUGUCUGACUGCAAACCGCUAGCUACACCAGCGUCUGUCACUCAAGCAGUUAGCCAGUCAACCGACCCCUUUGAUAAUCCGACACAAUAUCAACGUCUAGCUGGGGCGUUGCAAUAUCUCACGAUCACGCGUCCGAAUCUCUCCUACUCUGUCAAUCGGCUGUGUCAGUUCAUGCAUGCGCCUACCGAUGAGCACUGGGGCCUGCUCAAGCGUGUCCUUCGAUACAUCCGAGGCACAAUGGACUACGGCUUGCGUCUCUCGCCAUCUCUGUCUACAGAUAUCCAUGCCUUUUCAGAUUCGGAUUGGGCCGGCUGUCCAGUUGAUCGGAAGUCCACCAGUGGUUACGCUGUGUUUAUAGGGUCGAACUUGGUCUCGUGGGUCUCUCGUAAGCAGCGCACUGUAGCCCGCUCGUCCACUGAAGCCGAGUAUAAGGGCCUAGCCGAUGUCUGCGCCGAGGUUACCUGGGUUGUGUCUCUUCUACGUGAGCUUGGCUUACACUCCGGCGCACCAGCUACUCUAUGGUGCGAUAACCUAGGGGCCACCUAUCUCUGUGCGAAUCCUAUGUUUCAUGCUCGUACAAAGCAUGUUGAGGUGGAUUAUCACUUUGUCCUCGAUAAGGUUACAUCCGGGGAAUACAAGGUUUCUUUUGUCUCUACGAAGGAUCAGGUGGCCGACAUCUUCACCAAACCGCUUCCAGCUGCCCGGUUUGCUAUCCUUCGGGACAAGCUCAAUGUUACAGCUGGUCACCCUUGA